CCACUUUAUUCCCCGUCUCGCCUGCGCCAUGUUUUGAUUUUUUUUAUAACAUAAGGAUGAUGGUACACGAUGACGAUUGGCACACAAAACUUUUAAGUGAUACGCGACACCGGAUAUCGCAGUUUUCCUGUGUGCCUGAGUUCCCAGAAUCCACUCACAUACAAAAUAUUUACCCUGCAUCCUGUAUAUAGAAUGACAGACCAGUACCGGAGUGAUGAUUGAAGUUAACCUAUCAAUUCGUUUGAGACAGAAAAGGAAAAAAUCGCCUAAAUGACACACCGUUGCGAUAUCUAAUCAUUAAUCCUCUAUCAGUAAGUGCCCGAAAAUUUAUGGAGCCCGUUUAUUGAGGGCAGUCAAUAACAUCAAGAUGAAGGUGUUAGUCAUCAUUUGGAUUUCACUGCUACCAAUCAUUAAGGCAUUGUCAGAAUCUUCUGAGCCACCUCCACCACUGCACCCUCAGGUUAUUUUGGCUGAAUAUGGGGUACAGUAUAACGAAACCCUCAAUGCUAGCAUCGAAUGGGUCUUCCUCUACAGCAACAGAAAUAACAGUCAGGGUGCGAGGAUCUACGUAGAAAGUGAUGCAUCUGAAGACGAGCCUCUGAUUGUCGUUGUGAGACAGAAGAAGGGAAUCCUCUCGUGGCAGAUUCCCCUCCUGGUGGAAAGGAAGAAUGGACCACCUCAGGCGUUCUCCAAGACCAGCAGAACCCUCUGCUCUACGCAUUAUUACAAACUGGGAAGAAAGGACCUAGAGGACGAGGAGUUCAUCAGCGUCAGCAUAUCGACCGAAAGCAGAUCCACAAUCAAGUUCGAUCUAUCAGUCAUCGCGGAGACAGAUUUCUAUAUUCGAUCCGGAGAGUCUCGAACGCUGAAGCUGUCCCCCUCGGAGCCCCGGUACUACGCCUACAACUUUUCCAACCAAGCGGACAGUAGUUCAGUCCUCGUGAAGAUAGAAUCGGACAGUGAUACUUGUAUGACGGUAUCCAUCCAGAACCCCUCGUGUCCAGUCUUCGAUCUAGAAAGAAACAUCGAGUUCUCUGGGUACUGGCAGACAGUGAGUCAAUUAGGGGGCAUCACGAUCCCCAGGGAGGCCUAUCCCAAAGGCUUUUUCAUCGUCCUUGUAGUCAAAAGUGACGAUACUGAUUGCACACUGGAGAUGGGGCCCUCGAAUCGAAACAAAACUGUCACAAUUACCAUCACCCCGAACAUCACGUUCAAAGACGGUGUCGUAGCAGCUGUUGUCACGAUUGGCAUUGGUCUGGUUUUCUGUGGUUCUUACGUCCUCGGAGUCGUAUCUCAUCGAGUGAGAACACGAAGAAGGCUGCAGGCAGCUGCUGCCCAGGACGCUGAGGUUCCAGAACCUGAAAUACUGCCGAGUCCCACAAUCAUCGAAGAGGCUGGUCCCAGUCUGCGAACAUCAAACGAUUCAGACUCCUCCCUGGACGAAGACGACAUUGAUCUGCUCGAUGAUAUUCUAUCAGACAAAGAGAUAAUUCGCACAAAACGAGUCCUCUCGGUCUCCGAUUUGGCUCGAAAGGAGCCGAAGAUCCUUCGCCACAAAUCACGGCUCUAUCUUUACUACCUGGCCACCAUCGCCGUGUUUUACGCAUUACCAGUCAUUCAAUUGAUGGCCACUUAUCAGAGGGUCACUCAUGUCACUGGCAAUCAGGACCUGUGCUACUUCAAUUUUCUGUGUUCACAUCCAUUCUUUGGGUUCUCGGACUUCAAUCAUGUGUUUUCCAAUUUUGGGUAUGUUCUGCUGGGGCUUCUGUUCAUUUUGCUGACGUGGGUGAGGGAGCAGGGAGACUUGGCGUUCGCUGAGAAGAAGAAGAGCUAUGGGAUACCACAGCAUUAUGGGCUUUUCUACGCAAUGGGAACUGCUCUGAUGAUGGAGGGUAUCCUCUCAGCUUGCUAUCAUGUCUGUCCGAAUCACAGCAAUUUUCAAUUUGAUACAAGUUUCAUGUAUAUAAUAGCAGUGCUGUGCAUGGUGAAAAUAUACCAAAAUCGUCAUCCUGACAUAAAUGCUCGUGCUUCUGUUACCUUUGGAGUAUUGGCUCUCAUCAUAUUCUUGGGAAUGCUGGGAGUGCUGGACGGUUCUGAUUAUUUUUGGGUUGUAUUUACUAUAAUACAUCUUGUUGUGUGCCUUGUUCUCACUGCUCAGAUUUAUUACAUGGGCAGGUGGAGACUCGAUAGGGGAAUGUUUCGUCGAAUAACCAUGACAUUCAAACAUGAUGCUCGAUCAGGAGUCUCAAAUAUCCUGAGGCCCAUGUAUGGUGGAAGGCUCAUCCUCCUCGUCAUAGCUAAUGUCUGUAAUGUUGCCCUGGCUGUUCUUGGGAAUAUGCAUCAUAAAAAAGAUUUCGCUACUUUUCUCCUAGCAGUGCUCAUGUCUAAUCUACUUUUGUAUACGUUCUUUUACAUUGUGAUGAAGAUUUGUAACCGAGAAAAGAUCAGUGCCCAGGCGUCGUGUUACAUCCUAUUGUCCUUUAUGACCUGGGGCUUUGCACUGUACUUCUUUAUCAACAAAUCGAUCUCGUGGGCGCUAACGCCAGCGCAAUCUCGUCACUCGAAUCGUCCCUGUGUGUCAUUUCUCAAUUUCUUCGAUUAUCAUGAUAUCUGGCACUUUCUGUCAGCCCUCGCAAUGUUCUUUUCCUUCAUGGUGUUGCUGACUCUAGAUGAUAAUUUAGAAGACACUCACAGGAGUCAAAUACCCGUAUUUUAAUGCCUGUGAAUUCGAUUUGUUGGAUAAAUAAACAGACAAUACGUGAUAUAUUUUAACAAUAUAA